AUGAUACAGCUAGAUCUGCAGAAAGCGUAUGAUAUGCUCAAUUGGAGAGCUUUGGAAACCAUUCUUCAGGAGAUGGGGAUUCCUAGCCAGUUUGCAAAAUGGAUCAUGAAUGGAGUCACAACUGUCACCUAUAGAUACAAUAUCAAUGGAGAGCACUCCAAGUUAAUGAAGGCUGAAAGGGGCAUAAGGCAGGGUGACCCAAUAUCACCCUACCUAUUUGUCAUUGUCAUGGAAUAUAUGAGCAGAUUACUCAAGCAGAUGCAGGAAAACCCCCAGUUUCGGCACCACUCGAAAUGCAAGAAAUUAGGCCUCACACACCUAACUUUUGCAGAUGAUAUCCUAUUGUUAGCUAGAGGUGAUUUAUGCUCUGUGUCCUUAUUACACCAAACCGUGCAAUCCUUCUCUGAAUCCACAGGCCUUUACACUAACCCCCAGAAAUGCCACAUCUACAUGGGAGCAACUGAUGAGGAUACAAAACAACAGAUCAUAAACGUGAAUGGCUACAAAGAAGGACAACUGCCUUUUAAAUACUUGGGUAUACCUCUUACCAGCAAGAAGCUAUCCAAUGCCCAUUACUUGCCUCUAAUUGAAAAAAUUCUGAGCAGAUUACAUCAUUGGAGCGCAAGAUUGCUGAGUCACGCAGGGAGAGUGCAAUUGAUUAAAGCUGUUGGCUUUGCCAUAGCCAAUUACUGGAUGCAAUGUUUUCCUAUCCCGAAAACUGUGAUCAAGAAAAUUAACACUGCGUGCAGGACAUUCAUCUGGACAGGUGGGACUUCUCCCAGCAGAAAAAGCCCUAUUGCAUGGAAGAAUAUGUGUAAACCUAUGGCAAAGGGUGGCUUGAAUAUCCUUGAUUUGGAUAGAUGGAACACCAUAACAAUGUUAAAGCUGUUAUGGGAUCUUUGUAAGAAAAAUGACUCUCUUUGGGUCAAAUGGAUGCACAUGUAUUUCAUCAAAAACCAGAAUAUUAUGACCAUGAACUGCAGCAACACUUCCUCAUGGAUAAUCAAAGGGAUAAUGGCUACUAGAAGCAUCAUUCCAGAGAUUCAAAGGUGUUGGGACCAGAGCAUGAAUAACAGUAAGUUUAAACUGGGGGAUGUGUACAAGAACAUGCUGAAACAAGAAACAAAUGUUGAGUGGCAAGGGCUGAUCGCUGGUAAUGUUGCGAGACCGCGGGCGGUGUUCUGUUUGUGGAUGGCUUGCCACAAACGUCUUGCAACCAGAGACAGACUUGGCAAAUUUGGAGUGUCUGUCCCGAGCAGCUGCGGGUUCUGUCAGGAGAUAGAAACCAUUGAGCAUCUUUUUUUCGAGUGCGAAAGGUUGAAAUAUGUUUGGGCUAAUGUGCUGCAAUGGAUUCGUGUUGACCAUACACCACAACCGUGGGAUCGGGAAAAGAAUUGGAUCACAAAAUACUGUAAGGGCAAAGGGAAGAAAUGUGGAAUCAUGAAGCUUGCACUUGCAGAAACUAUAUACUACUGCUGGAAAUUCAGGAAUGACACUUGCUUUGGAGAAAGAUAUGUGGCCAGAAGUGGAAAUGGAAUAAGUUCUACCACCCUCAUACAAGAAAGACCAGGAAGGCCUAGGAAGGUGAGGAUAAGAGAACUAGGAGAGGAAGGUGCAAGACAAAGAAGACAUAAGGUUGAAUACAAAUGCACAAAAUGUGACAAGUUUGGUCACAAUGCACUAACUUGCAAGUCAUUGACACAAGAUCCCAAUGCUCUGAAAAGAAAGAGGAAAGUAAAAAAGACUGUUGAAGCUGAGAGUGCAGGGCAUAAGGAUCGUGAUAGUACAAUGGAUGGUGCAGAUAAUUCACUUCCUGCUGAUGGACAGAGUACAAUUGUAACUGACUCUGAAUUGCACAAAGAUGUUCAGACUGAGACUGAUGUAGCUGUACCAACUGUUAUGAGUCAGACUGCAUCUAAUGUGGCUAAUUCAAUUCCCAUGCAACCAAAGAAAUAA